AUGGGAUUAGAACCUAAAACCUGUGAUUCAGAGGCAGUGAAACUAUCCAUUGCACCACAAGACCUCAUAAUUGAUAUUAACUUCAGAAAGCUUAUAAAUCAAAACUGGCAGGAACAAAUCGUAACCGAUGCAAAUUCCUACCAAGUGAGGGUGCUGACACUUUUAGUCAGCAGUGGCCCUGAUCUCGACCUCUUUACAGGACAUUUAAAGCCUUCUGCACCUGGUAUUCCCAAACAUUCUUCCAUCCAAGUACCAACUCAGCCUGACAAGAUGAAAAAGGAUGAAAUGAAUCCAAUGCUCGACUUCUUGGUUACUGCAGCGGAAGGCAAGCUGGAAACUAUAGUACAGAGUCGAAAUCGAACUAAUGACACAGAAACAAAGAGCUUCAGUUUAGAGCACCCUGACAUGGGCUGUAUGCCUCUCACUGAUGCAGCUGAGAAAAGUUAUACACAAUUUGGAGAAAGAUUAUUGGAUAUAAAUUACAACAAACAUGAUGGCCACACUCCCCUUGUAUUAACUGUACAAGAUGUGGACAUGUUGGAAAAACUGAGAGAUCUUAAACCUGCAGAAUACAGACCAACAGAGGUUGUUCAAGAAUUUCUUGAACAUAACAAUCCAGAGAUCACAUUGGAAAAUAAUUGGAAAGGUCUCAAGAGAGAAAAGCUACGUCAUUCAUCUCUCCCAGAUGAAACAUUGCUGGCUUCUAUAAAGCUAAAGGAGCCACCUUCAUUAAAUGUGCCAACCCGAAGGAACAAGUGGGGUAAAAAUGUGCCGACUACUGAAGACAUCACUGGAAUGCAUGGCUCGGAAUCUGAACCAAAUAUCAAUUAUACUGAAGCACACCUGGAUUACUUGCGAGAUUCACAGACUCAUAAUCAACAAACGUCAAAAAACAAAGUGGCAGCUGAUUCAAAGAAUAGCAGCACCAAUUUCAAGCUGUCUUUACCACAACUGGGCACCAACAAUGCAAAGUCUUCGGUGCCUGUGCAACAUUUCCCAACACAGGGAAGAAGAGUCACUGAUGAAUUAAAUGAGAGUGAUAUCUCUAAUGCUACUGUUAUAACCUUGCCAUCAAAACAACAUCUAUGUCAUUUGUUAUCACCACUUGAAUCAGUCACAAGGAGAAACGGAUUUAGUAAACAAUCUCAAGCAUUGUCUUGCAGCCAAGAAACUUCAAACGAUUUCUCUAGUGCCAAUGUACCUAGCAACCGAGAGUCAGUCAAUAUUGCUGAAUGUCCUGAAUACACUCAAAGCCUUGAACCACAAGACACACUGACAUCAGAAACAGGAUAUGACAUUGAAAAUAAUAAAUUGAGUUUACCUCUUCCUAUGCCCCUCAGUAAUGACUCAGAGGGUGUAGCUUCUGACAAAAAAAUCAAACAAGAACUUAUAGACGAAGAAACAUCUAAACAUCUGUUUGCAAAUGAUGUUACUAAUUUAACAUCUACAAAAAAUACAUACUGUGCUUCAGCUGGAUCAGAGAAAAAAUGCAACCACAAAGAAGCUGAAACUGCAGAGACAAUCUUAGAUGAAGAACUAUUUGAUGCUAGUUAUUGCAAAGAUGAUAUUGCACUAUUGGAUGCAAUUCAUUCUGGCCAGCUGAAUUUCGAGACUAGGGAGACCCUUACUAAAGGGAGCAUGAAUGCAGAUCUUUUUAACUGUAUAGCCAUGGACCCAGAGGAAAAUACAAAUUUCCAGGCUGCACAAAAUUCAAGAAUAUCAGCUAAUGAGGUCCUUCCAUGCAACGAAGAUAUUGAAAUAAGCAAUAAUCUGUUUCCAGACAAUAAUGCAAGAGAAAACAUAAGCCACAAAAGCACUGCUCAAAAGAAUUUAGCAAAGAACUUUGGACAAAAUGUAACUAUUCCAAAACAGGCUGUCAGGACAAAAUAUGCCACUUUUAGAAAAGAAAACGCAGCACAGAAAGAUAUGAAAAUUGACUUAAAAUGUACUUCUGCCAUACAUGUCACAGUGGCAAAACAAUCAUCAACCAAAGCACAGCACUUUUCGAAAAUGAACCAUCUUAAAAUGAAAAACACUAGUAACAGCAUGUCUUACAAAGCCAAUCAAAGUCUCAACAUUUUAACGUUAAAAGAAACAGAAAAGAAUAAGAAAAUAAGCAAGAUUAAUUGUGUCAAUCAAAGGACUAUCCCCACUCCAGAACGUAUCAACAAAUGUAGUGCCAAGUCAUUACAGUGCCUCUCCAUUCCAACACAAAGUUGGCUGAGGAAGAGUAUACUUAUGCCCUCAACUGCUCAGUUACUAAAAUAUAAAAAAAGGCCAAGCCUCCCUACACUGGAAAAUCCUGAUCUACACCAAGUUGUACCAAAAGUGAAAACAAAAGAACAAGAUGGAAUUAAGUGCCUCUUGAGAAAUGGAUCAGUUCCUAAUGAACAAAAUCUUCCAAAUAUCAACAGAAUUUCAAACAGUCUGAAUAAAUCACCAGUUCUGCGGGUUUCAAGAUCAUAUGUCACUGAUAAUUUCUCAGCAUUAAAGUAUAGUGAUAUGUUUCAGGAAAUAAAUCCAACUGAGAAAGGUCCAGGCAUUUAUGAAAUGUUUGGCACUCCUGUAUACUGCACCGUGCGAAACUCCACUACUCGUGAAAGUAGUCAUAAAGCUAUUCAGUCUAUGCCACCUAAAAGGCGAUCAAUAUGUAAGAAUUCCAAAUCAAAUCAAACAACUUCAAGAAUUACUGCAAAAAUUUCAAAACGUAAUCUGAAUUCUAAACAUAAGAAAAGUCCUACAAAUGUCAUAAAAAAGAGUGUUGAUGAGAAUGCAGGAGAGAAAAACACUCCUUUAUUCGGUGAUGAAGGACAAGAAAAUGUGAUCAUUUCUGGCCACAAUUGUCACAAAAAAACCUACAGGAAAGAGGCACUAUCCUUUGAAUUAAAUAACCAAGAGAAUAAUGGUAAUCCAUCAGAUGGUGCAAACUCCCUUCAUUCAUUAUCAAAUUAUGAAGUUGAUCUAGAUAACCAGUAUUUGUCAACCAUUACAGAAAUCUCACUUAAGCAAACUUCAAUGAAAUCUGACAUUUCAGAAGAUUUAUGUAAGGAAUCAUCAUGUACUUCAGUUAAUGGAGAUGAUCUAGGACAUGAUGCAACUCAUCAGUAUAAGUCUUCAAUGCUCCCAAAGAGUAAGGAUGCAGAUAGUCUUGCUGCUAAUUUAUAUGAGAUACAACAGCAACUGAACAUCACACUUAAAGAUGGUGUCGACUUGGAUAAAGGAAGUGUAACUGUAGAAUGCCAGGGGAUUACAGAUGCACAAGAAUCUAUAACUGCUAUGUCUAAUCAGGUUAUCUGGAAUGUUAGAGAGGAUGAAACAGAACCUAUUGCCUUAUGUACUGAAGACCAAGAUAACACCAUCUCUUCUACAGUAAAAGCUGCUUCAAACCCAGAUUUCAAUUAUACUGGUCUCUCAGUUCAACCAACGAUCAACACCUGGACUGCAGAAGAGGUCUGCCCUCCACAUUGCUUUAAGCAUGAUAGUCAAGACAGUCUUACAGAUGAUUUGCUUCGUUGUCUGGCAUCAGCAUUGUUGUUAGAAGAAAAAAUUACUUGUACUGACAAAAUAGAAGUGACCAAACAGUUUCUACAAAAGGAAGAUGAUAGUAAGAAUGGCUUGUUUCAAAAUGGAAAUGGAAGAGUAAAUGAGAAUAGCCUUCAGAGUGCAGAAUAUACAGUUACAAAACUAUCUAAGACUUCUAGCAGAUCAAACAGUUCACUUGGCCAUUCCAUAGAGUCUGAAUGUAGCUCCAGUUGUAACGAUGCCAUUAUAUGGACCAAAGGAAAUGUGCUUGGCAAAGGAGCCUAUGGCACAGUGUACUGUGGUCUAACCAGUCAAGGAAAAUUAAUUGCUGUUAAACAAGUUUCUUUGGAUGCAACAAGUCAAAUUGCAGCAGAAAAAGAGUAUCAGAAAUUAGAAGAAGAAAUAGAAUUACUGAAAAACUUGAAACAUGUGAACAUUGUGAGUUUUCUCGGUACAAACCUCGAAGCAAAUGUUGUUAGCAUUUUCAUGGAGUUUGUUCCUGGUGGUUCCAUUGCUGGUGUCAUCAGUCGAUUUGGGCCAUUACCAGAACCUGUUUUUGGUACAUAUACUAAACAAAUAUUAAAAGGAGUGGACUAUUUACAUGAUAACAGGGUGAUUCACAGAGACAUAAAAGGAAACAAUGUCAUGCUUAUGCCUAAUGGUGUGAUAAAACUUAUUGAUUUUGGAUGUGCCAAACGCAUGAGUUGUGUGAACAUGAAUGAUACGCACAGUGAAAUGUUACUGUCAAUGCAUGGAACUCCUUAUUGGAUGGCACCUGAAGUGAUCAAUGAGACUGGACAUGGCAGGAAAUCUGACAUUUGGAGUAUAGGCUGUACAGUGUUUGAAAUGGCAUCAGGGAAACCACCUUUGGCUCAUAUGGACAAAAUGGCAGCCAUGUUUUAUAUUGGAGCACAUAGAGGUCUGAUGCCUAACCUGCCCGAGGAGUUUUCUGAGAACGCAAGAGACUUUGUACAGAUUUGUCUCACAAGUGAUCAGCAUGAACGACCUUCAGCAAAACAUCUUCUGCAACAUCCAUUCAUCACAAAGAAACAAAUCAAACAUUUCAGGAAGACAACAUUAUAG